AUUCUUGGAUUUUUUUUUGGCUUGGUGGUAGUCGAAGCUUGUCUAGCUUGGUGGAUGCCUGCUUAUUAUUAAUAUUAAUUUAUAAGUGAUUUUUCCUGGUGACUGUUCAAUACGGAACAUGUUAAUACCUUACCAGAUUUGUUGAACAGGAUCAGAUAUCACAUCAAAAGGCUUCUAAGAUUGUGUGCAAGUUUGUGACAAACCUGACUAGAUGUAACAUUUGAUGAUUGACAAGGAGACUUCAAAUUUUGUGUUUGCAAACUGGUGUUGUUAACACAAUGAACAAGUUUGUGGUGCCAAACGCAUUGGCUGAUGUUGUCCUGCUGGUUGGGGUUGAUGACAAUGUAGGAUUAAUACCUGUUGAUGCUGGAGAUGUCAGUGUGUAUAAUGCCCUGUUUGAGCUGAAGUAUGAAGCCCAGGUGUUGUCGGCAAUCAGUGGUACAGAUAUGGUGAAUUUCCACCCUUUUGCUCACAGAGUAGACAGUUACCCACCAAACAAUACACGAGAGACGUUUGAGCAUCAAGCUGAGGAGAUGGUAAAAGCUAGGGAAAGAAUGAUGAGCGAUUUCAGCCUGGGGUCAAAGAAAUCAUUUCAGAACACUGAAUCAAGUCCAAAGAAAACAACAAGAAGUAUAUCUGUUAGUCCAAAGAUGUUGUUGGCCCGUAGCAUGUCAAUGACCAUUAAACGUCCUCGACUGGGAGGGAACACUGUCAACAUCGUCCCAGAACUUCCAAUCAGUGAUGAGGUCAUAAACUCAAUAUCAACAUUCUGUUUCCCAGAUGGUCUAAAGAUACAUGAGCGUAAGCCAGAGAGUACAACUCACUUCUUUGUACUGACUGAUAUAUCAGGACGUCGGUCUUACACAACUUGUCUCACUUUCUACAGACCCUUUUCUGUUGAAAAGGAUGAUCAGGGCAAUGCGUACAUCAACCUUGACCUUGCGGAACAAGAGCAUUCAGAUGACGACAAAAUGAGGUGUUAUAUUCCACAGUGUUUUGUAAUCAUAUCAAAGUUUCCAUAUUAUACUACAAUGAAAGAAUGUCUAUCUAGUAUGUUAUCAUAUAUUGAAAAGGACCCUGAAGAGAUGACAACAUUUCUCAAGGAAUAUGCUAAUGUAAUUACGCAUACCCCUGUGCCCCCUGCUGGAAAUCUAGCUGUGAAUUUCAGAUUGUACAACUUAAAUGUGACAUUGAUGCCCCCCACCCAUCCUGAUAAACCUGUGAUAGAUCUUCAGCUGCAUUUGACUUUUCUGUGUUUCAAUGCUGAAGAGUUCCUGAGAAUACUCUCCUGUGUGCUAGUGGAGGAGAGAAUAGUAUUCCUGUCAUCAAAUUAUGCUCUUCUUACACUAAUUAUGGAGUCUGUGAUGAACCUAGUCCUACCAUUCAAGUGGAGAUUUACCUACUCAACGAUUCUCCCGUCCUCAGCAUUAGGGUAUUUAGAAUCUCCUGGCACCUUUAUGUAUGGAGUACAUUCUAGACAUAAAGAGGAAGUUGAACAGGUGGAAGGUCUUAUUUUGGUAGAUAUUGAUGAAGGCACAGUAUUUAUUCCGGAACAAGAUUGUCAAGCUACACACGUAAAGCAGAACGGAUACCCACCUACAUCUUCUGUACCAAACCUACCCUCCGAAAUGGCAACAGUAUUUAAAAACAAAUGGUCUCAUCUGAAGCUGCAAUUUGAUCUUCUUGACACUAUCAGACCAUUUAGCUACAACAUAGAGCAGAUGAGAGAAGACAGAAAGAAAAAAGUCCUUGCCCAGAAUAAGUACAUUACAGAUACCUGUCUAGAACUCAUGGUCAACUUAUUUAGAGAUGUUGUUUACAAGCUUCGAUUUGAUCACAAUCAUUUUGACAAGUGGAAGUUUCUGAAAGAACAUGCAACAGACAGAGACUUCUACCAGCGUGUGUUUCUGACAGACAUGUUCAAAGUAUUUCUUGAGGAACGUAUGAAGGAAAAAACAGACUAUUGGUCAGACCUUGAGAUGAAAAGUAGGGGAUUUGGUCAUUCGAGUUUAAGAUCUUCGUUGAACAGUUCUGCGUAUUCAAAUAGGCCAAGAAGGUACACGUUGUCGCAGAUUGUUCCAUCUGAUAAAAGGGGAACCACAGUUCUCUGUCUGAAGGAUAUCACAGACUUAAAGAUUCACGUGAAGAAUACUAUACUGCAGAUCACAAAGGCAAUGGAACAUUCUGAUGACUAUGAUGAUAACACGUCACUACAGUAUCUACGGGCAUUGUUCUACUGUGCUGACAACGAUAACAUGGCAGCCAUGCAAGAUUUUAUUGAUCUAUCCAUCACUAACAUCAGAAUUUUACCUGCUAAGGUUCUUUCUGACCUGUAUAACAGACUUACAGAAGAAGAGAAUACAAAAUUUAAGAACCUUAGAGGACAUGAAGUUAUACUUGAUUGUAUAGAAGACACCAAAGGUCGUGAGGGAGAACGUCAAAGAAUCAGAAUGGAUCCUGUAGAAAUUCCUGAUUCUGACUUAAACUAUAUAAAGUUUGAGGAGAUUGUCUCACUGAAGCAAAUGUCAAAUGACUACAGGACAAUUCAGUUAUUGUUUGAAGCUCUGACACAAGAAAAGAUGACUUCUACAUCUGUGAUUGAGCAGAUGACGUUCCAGAUAUUUGCUUGUUGCUGGGAGGACAAUCAGAUUCAGUGCAGCCAAGUCAAGCUGGGUGAAAAUAUACUGUUGGAAGAGGAGACAAUACUGAAGGUCUCGACGCUGAUUAAAACAGACUUUGGUCUUGGAAGGAUAGGACUUACUGAUAAAAGGUUAUUUUUUCUGAGUGACGUUUCAAAUCAGUACAAAGAAAUAGUGAAGCUUAGAGAAAUCAGGGAUCUAGAGCAGUCAGAAUACAGCAGCUUGUUCAGUAGGGUUCAAACUCUCAAGAUUCACAGGAAAGGAAAAGGAACCAGUCCUUUCACAGCUUUUUUGAAGGAAGAACGUAACUGGUGGUAUAUGGUGAUCAGAGAGAUGUGGGCAGGGAAGGUUGUUGCAGAAGCAAUGAAAGAUGUGAUGAUGGUUCAGCACGCUAUACAGAACACAUUGCUAAUUGAUGCCAUAAUUGCAAGCGGGCAGGAAAAUUGCACUACACACAGUCAGAACACGGAAGCUGCUGCAGAGAAACUGAGUCACUUCUAUUGUCUAUAUAGGGAAGGAAAACACCUCCUGCCUCAUGAUACGCAAGACACAUUGCAAAGGAAAAUAGAUGUGAACAUUGGAGAGAGGGAGAGUAAGACUGUGCAUACACUACUUUAUACUGGAGGAGAUGAGCAUAUUUCACCUCGCCUCUGGUGUGGUUUAAGUGAUGGCAGGAUCAAGGUUUUUAAUGCUGUAACAUGGACGCUGGAAAGUGAAAUAAUAGUCGAACUAAAACGAUGUGUGGCUUGUCUAACAGCUGUAGAUGACAACCAUGUUUGGGCUGGUGCUUUUGGCAUAUACAUCUUAGAUGCGCGCACUCUCACAUGCACGAAGACACUGCUUGAACAUACAGAUCUGGUUGUGGAUAUUGUUUUGCACGAUAAUAAUAGAUUUGUUUAUACUGCUAGUCUUGAUGGAACUAUAAUAAAAUGGAAUGCACAGAAACUGAGUCGCGCAAAAGAGAAAAUAAUAUUGAAAAGCUUGCCAAGUUUGCGAUCUUUGAAGGUCUACAAGGACAGACUCAUUUGUGGCAGUUGGGAAAGUAUAGUGAUUUGUGAUUUAGAAGGAUCUGUACUGAAUACCCUGAAAGUGAAAGAAAAUGAAACUGUUGUAGCAAUAGACAGUUUCACAGUGUCUGGAAACGGAGAGGUAUGGACAGGCACAAGAAGGGGAGGGAAGAUAUAUAUUUUGGACAUCUCAACUGGAGAGUUGAAACACAUGAUAACCAUAGACAAAUGUAAAGGCAUCAGUAGUAUGGAAGAAGUCGAUGGCAGGAUCUGGACAGGGACCAAAGACGGCAUGAUCUACAUAUACGAUAUAAAUAACAGAAGACUUUGGAAAGAGUUGCAGGGUCAUGACGAUGCUGUUAGAGUAUUGUGUGAUAUUAGAGAUAGGGCACAUGUUGGAUAUUCGUAUGUAAGGUAUAUGAUCUCAGGAGGGGGCAGCAUGGAUGGACGUGUUUGUAUAUGGAAUGCUACGGCGGAAAGAUUAUUAGACUCAUCCGACGAACACACUUUGGAAAAAAUUGUGUAUGAGCGAGAAAAGAACCGCUCAAGCAGGACUGCGCAUAAAAAAUGAAUAAUUAGUUUAAAUUGAAAGUGACAUCUUAGCAUUGUUGCGAUAUACAUGAUUGUCCAGAUUCUGUCGUCGGAUAUGCAGGUUCUCAAACUAAGGUCUUGCGUUAAUCGAGUAAAUUUCUUAUUGCAUUUAAUAUUAUGAUAAAAAAUGUUUCGUGGUACUAAAGUCAAAACGGCGCGUAACGGCGUUUGGCAGUGGUCAUAACGUUAUUCUGAGAGAGUAGGAUGGAAACAUUGUAAAAUAGAGGUGGACAGUUAUUUUAGGAACAGUAACAAAAACAUACCUAUGAAAAUCCAUAGCGCACAAUCUCAGGGAAAUUUGUGUUGGAGACAAGAUUGCUGAAAUAUCGCUUUCUUCGGUCAUUUAACCCGUCUCUAAAGGUCACUUCUUAGUUAAUAAAUGCAUUACCUAACACAUAUUCCACCCGUAUUUGAUGUUCGUCGAAAUAUUCCAUACUGUGCCUUUAUAGUAUCUAAAUUCGAUUUUAGUUUUCUUGUUUCCUUGUUUUUAGAUUUUAUGUUGUAAGUAACACUUGAUUUUAUUCAGAAGUCUCCAUUCAAUGCCUGUGGAGUUAAACGACCUUAUGUGCAGUUCGUGACUAUUUGUUGGGUUUAACAUUGCACCGACACAAUUAUAGGACAUAUGGUGACUUCAUUUCAUCACGAGUGUGCACCUGGGUAUAACCACCGACCUUCCAUAAGCCAGUUGGAUGGUUUCCUCAACUCAUCACUAAGAGGAUAAAAUAAAUUAUUAAGGAUAUAAACUGAAAUAUAAAGUUGGUUUCAAAUUUAAGCCCGCUCGUGACGAAAUAAUGCACGAAGGGGCACCUGGGAUCUUCCUCCAUCAUCAAAGCCGGAGACGUUAAACUCAACAAAAUAAAUAAAUAAAUUCAAAUUUAAAUGGUCAGUGUAUAUUUUUGCGAAAAUACUCAUACUGUUUGAUAUGCUUUAAUAAUUACACCUUUAGCACAAUGUAUAUGUUUUUUAUCUAAAGUAAUACUUAUCAUACUUAUUGAAGAUAGAUUUCAAAGAAAAAGUAGAGCUAUUGCACUCGCCCCGGCGUUGGCAAUGCCGUCGCCGUUAAAGUUUUUGAUAAAGUCGAACAUCUCUCACUGUUACUAUCAAAGCUAUUAACUUGAAACUUAAAAUAGUUAUUUACUAUCAAAGUCUACAUCAGGAGAAACAAUCCCCAUGACUCUGAUUUGAAUUUUGAGCUAUGCCCUUUUAACUUAUUUUUUUUCUGAAAGUUUUUUAUAAAGUCAAAUAUCUCUGUUACUAUCAAAGUGUUUGACUUAAAACUUAAAUAUUUAUUUAAUAUCAAAGUCUACACCAGGAGAAACAAUUUCCAUAACUCUGAUUUUAAUUUUGACUGAAUUAUGUCCCUUUUUAACUUACAUUUUGGUUAAAGUUUUAUAAAGUUUUUACUGGCAAAACUUUAAUUCGAAAAGUCAAGCGCACUGUCAUCAGACAACUCUCGUUAAGUUUGCAAUUGUGUAAGCUAUAUAGUUUUAAUUUUAUUCUGCACAUACCGCGUUGUGAACUUUUUCUUCAGUGGUAAGCUUAAGUAAAAAUGUGAGAUAUUACAGUUUUCUUACAACUUACAUUAGGUAAUCCCGAAUAACUUCCUCAGAGUGGGAUUUAUUUAAACCGUCAUGUGUGAUUUGGCUGCCGAUUUCACAGCACGACUAGCUCAAAUCCUUCAAACUGAAACUCACAUACUUGAUUUGAUAAAGCAAAAGGGUCAUCAAGUUAAAGGUGGUCUAUCAGCAUGAUCAGGUUUUGUUCUAGUAAUGGAUAAUUUUCGAAAUCAUUGUAGAAAUUUUCUAUCCAGGCUUACAACCAAAUUAGAGUUAUUUUAACAUACUUUGCCUGCGGAAUGGUCUAAAUAUAAGAACGUGUGUACUUUUUGUCAAAGCUUUAUGUUAACAGAUAUAUUGGGCUAAAAUCCGUUACAAUGUAAAAUUUAAUGUUAUCCAUCCCUGUUGCCCGCAUUGGUUGUUUACAGGCAAUUACGGAACUUGCCUUUUUGUACAUAUUGUUGAAUUAUGAUCAUACCUAUCAAAUGUAACACUAGAAACUGUAUUUAAAGCGGUAGAAAUACACAUUUGUUUAGCUCGACUAUACGAAGUAUAAGGAGAGCUAUCCUACUCGACCCGGCGUCGGCAUCUUUCCGCGUCCCUUUCUUGUUUUUUUUACACUCUCUUUUUUCUACUUAUCUCUGUAAUUACUUGAUAGAUUUGAUUCAAACUUAAAAUAGUUAUUCCUCAUCAUCACCCACAUCAUCUUACUAUAGGCCAUUACUCUGGUACCAAUAUUUCAUGAUUUAUCCCCCCUUUUCACUAAGAUUUUCAGGUUAAAGUUUUGAUGCACUUUCACUCUAACUCUGUUAUUACUAAAUGGAUUUGAUUCAAACUUAAAAUAGUUGUUCAACAUCAUCACCCACAUCAUAUUGCACAAGGUGCAUAACUCUGGCACAAAUUUUUCAUGAAUUGUUCCCCCUUUUUUCUUAGAAUUUCAGGUUAAAGUUUUGAUGCACGUUUACUCUAUCUCUGUUAUUACUGAAUGGAUCUGAUUCAAACUUAAAAUAGUUGUUCAACAUCAUCACCCACAUCACAUGACACAAGGUGCAUAACUCUGGCACAAUUUUUUCAUGAAUUAUUCCCCCUUUUUACUUAGAAUUUCAGGUUAAAGUUUUGAUGCGCUUUCACUCUAUCUCUGUUAUUACUGAAUUGAUUUGAUUCAAACUUAAAAUAGUUGUUCAACAUCAUCACCGACAUCAUAUGACACAAGGUGCAUAACUCUGGCACAAAUUUUUCAUGAAUUGGUUUCCCUUUUUACUUAAAAUUUCAGGUUAAAGUUUUGAUGCACUUUCACUCUUUCUCUGUUAUUACUGAUUUGAUUUGAUUAAAACUUAAAAUAGUUGUUCAACAUCAUCAGCCACAUCAUAUUGCACAAGGCUCAUAACUCUGGCACAAAUUUUUCAUGAAUUGUUCCCCCUUUUUUCUUAGAAUUUCAGGUUAAAGUUUUGAUGCACAUUUACUCUAUCUCUGUUAUUCCUGAAUGGAUCUGAUUCAAAAUUAAAAUAAUUGUUCAUCAUCAUCACCCACAUCAUAUGACACAAGGUGCAUAACUCUGGCACAUGUUUUUCAUGAAUUAAGCCCCCCCCCUUUUACUUAGAAUUAAAAGAUAAUUUGGAUGCAUUUUCACUAUAUCUCAGUUAUUAUGAAAUGCAUAUUUAAUUCAAACUUGAAAGUAGUUGUUCCACAUCGUCACCCACAUCAUAUGACACAAGGUGCAUAACUUUUGCGACAAUAUUUAAUGAAUUAUGCCCCCUUUUUGUUUAGAAUAUACUUAUCUAGUGUUUGAUACACUUUAUCAUUACCUCUCUUAUUACUUAAUAUUUUUGACUCAGGCUAUUGUGCAAUAUCUUCAUCCACCAUUGGAGUUACUCCAGUGACAGCUCCAGUUUCCUCAGAUGUGCCCAGUUUCUCUAUCCAGCAUCGAAAUAGUCGAGCGCGCUGUCUUCUGUGACAGCUCUUGUUAAGUAGAUGGAGGUAUGUAAAAUGUAAAAAGAAUAAUAGAAUCUGUACGAAGGUCCAUUGGAAACACAGAAAGCAACCAAGCAAAAUAAUAGUAGAUUCGGUUUGAUGAAAGGUAAUUGACAUGCAACACCCAUCAUGCCCCCUAGCACCAGCUUAAGCGGAAUUCUGUUACAGAGAUAAUGAAUGGACUUCAUGGUGCCAAAGGACCAGAAAAUAUAACAGCACUGAAUCCAUUUACGGGGAGCCUUUUUACAGCCACCACACGACACUUAAAACAAGGCUGUUGUGAUAGUUUACAUACUUUAAACAGGAUCUAACACUAUGUAAUAAGAAUUUGUUUAAAUAUACCUCUAACAAAGUAUGUGAAAAAAGAAGGUGGCAUAAAAUGUUGCUCAUGUGUCAUUGGCAAACCUUUAAACAUACGGCUCUUAUCUGUAGUUAAAGGGAUUUUUACUGUUAGUUGUAAAUUUAUGAAAUUAGCUUAUUAUGCGUUUUAUAUUUACAUAUCAAAUCGACUGUUUUCUAACUUUCACGUUUUGUAGAAAUAGUUGUUCUAUUUGUUUCUAUUUUAAAAUGAGUUGAAGAUUUCUUUCCUGCUUAUAUCUAGUAUGGGUAUGGUGUUGCUAGUUUUAAUAAUAUCUGAUAAUUAACAACCACGAAGUGCUUUAUUUAUCUUAUACUUUUUUUCAGUUUCAUAUGUGUCCGUUACAAUACAUUGGUCCUAAGGUUAUGACUUCUUUUUUUUUGGACACUUUUUACAACGAAACUAGUUCGAGGUAUUUCAAGACUCCGCAUAUCAAUGUACCUUUAUUCUUAACUGAUUUACUAUGAGCUAACAAUUGAUUACUAUGAGCUAACAAUGUGGAGAAAGACACAUGUGCCUUUCCGGGCAUUAAUUCUUCCCCGGUGGCCAUAGAUCUGUAAGCUAGCUGGAUGGUUGUUCUACGUCCCAAGCGAGGAUCUACCCCACAUCCAUAAGAGGCAACUGAUUUGAAGUCCGCGACUUUAACCACGGAGGCCCCUGACUAUUUUAAUAAUCAACAUGCAAUUUAAAAAAACACAAUUUUACAGCGUAUUCAUUGAUGAAUGUUGUAGUUUAUGUUAUAAAGUUUUCCUUUACAAAAUGGCUUGACAUCUCUGACUUUAUACCUGCCGCUAGAGGUUGAAAUUAGGCAGAGAGCAUAAAACUAAACGAUUAUCUAAGCCUAUGCACCUUUAUAAAUCAGUAUUCGUCUGACUGCUUAAAACUGGAUAGAAGUAAUAAUAAUUAUAAUAAUCAAUAUCGUUAACACGUUAGGAAAUAUGCAAACAAAUAAAUCUUAUUUCAAAUGUGGCCUUAUGAAAUUAAAGAAAGAAAGCAACAACAAUAUAACAUGUACCAUCAAAAAAAAUGUCUAUAAUCGCUGAAACAAACAAAGCAACUUGCAUGCAGUUAACAAUUACUACAUGAUAUAACCGACACAACAGGAAAAGAGAAGCAUUUUGUGAAAUAAAUUCUUUCUACUGAUCUUUAAAAAAGAUAUUGUGUUAAAUAUUAUUAAGAUUAGACUAUUUACGUUGCGAAAAGUUAUAGGUGUAUUAUUCCAAAACCUGUGAUGUUUCAUGUAUCUACUGUAAGAAUUAUGAAAAAUAUUGCAAAAUAUAUCAAGGAGGCGUUAGAAUGGUGGAUUUGUGUAUUAUGUAUACUAUAAAAUAAUAUAAAUUCGUGGGCCUGAAAUUUCGUUUUUUUGUCCAAAUCGGGUAUUUCAUGGGGAUGUAAAUCGUAGAUUUCAUAUUUUAAAUUUAGGUGAAUGGGAAUAUUACUUGUGUACUUGGAUUUAUUUUCUUAAAUUACCUCAAUUAAAGAAAUCCACGUAAUUAGUUCCCCAUGAGAAUAUUAACAAUUUUACAAUAUCCACGUCUGUUGUUGGAAGAAAAAUGUUCGCAUUUAUUAUUAGAUGUUUGUUGAUUGUUUUUUUUAUUUUUUUAUUUAACUGCUUUUAUAAUGUACAGUCAGGCAAUUGUGCUUUAAAUAAUAUUCAAACCGGAUUGUGUUGUAACAUUAUUGAUAUUAUGUGAGGCAAACUUCCACAUUUUGAUACAUUACUUUAGAAGUUAUGUCGGACUUGUUGAUAUUAAUUGAUAUCUUUGCAGCUUAUAGUUCUACCAUGUCGUUGACGAACAACAAAAGCAACAUAUCAUAAAUACAUAUAUACCGAAUGAUUCUGAUGAAUAAACUACCAAAGUUU